UCGAAAGCUCCUCCUUCAAAUCCUGCUGCCGCACGUCACACGACUUCAUCAGAUUCGUACUCCACCCGUAGCAGCCAUGAUGCAAGAAGGGCUGGACGACGGUCCCGAUUUCCUCUCUGAAGAGGAGAGGGGUCCAAGGGCAGUCAACGUGGAUCUCCAAACUGAUGCAACUUUACAAGUGGAUAUUUCCGAUGCACUUAGUGAGCGUGAUAAGGUCAAGUUCACAGUUCAUACAAAGACCACUCUCCCCAACUUCAAACAGAAUGAGUUUUCUGUUGUACGCCAGCACGAAGAGUUCAUCUGGCUUCACGACUCCUUUGUGGAGAAUGAGGAAUAUGCGGGUUACAUUAUUCCGCCAGCUCCACCACGACCAGACUUCGACGCCUCCCGCGAAAAGCUUCAGAAGCUGGGCGAAGGGGAGGGCUCCAUGACAAAGGAGGAAUUUACCAAAAUGAAGCAGGAGCUUGAGGCUGAAUACCUGGCCAUUUUCAAGAAGACAGUGGCUAUGCACGAGGUGUUUCUGUGUCGGGUGGCUGCUCAUCCUGUCCUGCGCAAAGACAUGAAUUUUCAUGUGUUUUUAGAGUAUAACCAAGAUCUGAGUGUACGAGGCAAGAACAAGAAGGAGAAGCUGGAGGACUUCUUCAAGAAUGUGGUGAAGUCAGCAGACGGCGUGUUGGUGGCCGGAGUGAAGGACGUAGAUGACUUCUUCGAGCACGAGAAGACAUUCCUUAUAGAAUACCAUAACCGGGUUAAAGACGCCUCAGUGAAAUCAGAUAGAAUGAUCAGAUCUCACAAAAACGACAUCAACAGAAUUGCCUCCACAAUGUACAGCAUUGGGACCCAGGAUUCAACAGACAUGUGCAAAUUCUUCCUGAAGGUGUCGGAGCUCUUUGAGAAAACACGGAAAAUUGAGGCACGUGUAGCAGCUGAUGAGGACCUGAAACUUGCUGACCUGUUGAAGUACUACCUCAGGGAGUCACAAGCUGCAAAGGACCUUUUGUAUAGACGGGGGAGGGCGCUUGUUGAUUACGAAAACGCAAACAAAGCUCUCGACAAAGCAAGGGCUAAGAACAAAGAUGUUCUUCAAGCAGAAACCUCCCAGCAGUUGUGCUGUCAGAAAUUUGAGAAAAUUUCCGAGUCAGCCAAACAAGAAUUGAUAGAUUUCAAGACAAGACGAGUAGCAGCCUUCCGGAAGAAUUUGGUGGAGCUGGCAGAGCUGGAGCUCAAACACGCCAAGGGUAACCUUCAACUGUUGCAAAGCUGUCUCGGGGUCCUAAAAGGAGAUACUUAAAGACUGAACUGAUGGUUGAUGGUGCAGGCAUCCUCCCCACUUUUGGCUUCUUUUUCCCUCCAGAAGAUGAGGGGAAGAGAGA